CUUGAUUCACAACAAAUUUUCUUCACAAUGUUUGUUUCAAUUAACCCCGAUUACUUCAACAAAUUUAAGUUCCCUGAUCAAUGUGAGAUUUAAUUUUAAUACUGUGUUUAUCAAGGAUUAAUUAAAAAUACAGGUUUAUGUGAUUUCUGUUGGUUAAUAACAAUCUUGACUGUUUGUUAUUUGGGAUUUGCUUUCCACUGUUUUUGUAUUUCUUAAGCUCACUUUCUGAGCACAAUUUUUCUUAUCUUAAUUUUGUAAGGCAUACACCACUGCAAGAUGUACUCUCUGCGUAAAUGGUUCGCUGCUAAAAUGUUUGCUCAACAAGCUGUUCUAAACAGUGAAAAUAAUCAACGUAAUGGUAACUUUAGCCGACUAUUUGGUAACAGUUUUAAUCAGGCCAAUGGAAACAAUCAAGAUUUUCUUCAUCGACAAGACACAUUGCUUCAAUUUUAUUAUGCUGAUGAAGAGUUGAAUAUGGUUGCCUCUGAAUUAGAUUCAUUUGAUGGUCGACGUGAUCCUGUUCGAUGUACUAAUCUAGUAAAUCAAUUGAGGUCAGCACAGGAUAAACUCAUAACCAUAUUAUUUCGUCUCAUGGACGAAUGGAACUGUGAAAGAACAUCGAGGGACUAUCGUAUAAAAUUUCCAGAUGAUUUGUUAGCUGGAAAUGAAAAUGGUGAAUCACUGAAUGGGCAAAUAUGGUUUGGUGCUGAAUGCUUAGCCGCUGGGUCCAACAUCAUGAACCAUGAGUCAGAAUCAGAUGCCCUUCGACCAAUCGCUAAAACAUUGACUGUAAAACUUGACCAACUUCGAUUAGAGCUUAGACAUUGCUGUGCAGAUAUUGAUGACAAUUUUAUGAUUUACAAGGAUCGAAUUGGUUUGGAUCUAAUGUUUAAAUUGCAGCAAUUUGACAGGAUAUUUGCCAAUUUUGAAUAUGAAUAUGUAAAGGCCAUGUUACCCAUAAAAACUGUUAAGGAGAUUGAACAACAACAGGAUCUUAUGGUGCUGUUCAGUGAAAGUGUACAAAGUGCCCUUAAAAGAGGAUUGAUAUCUCAAGAUGAAUUCGAUGAAUGUGAACCAACUGUGAUUAUCAACAUACCUAGACUGGCUAUAAUACACGGUCUCGUACGCUGUGGCCAGGAAAGUCCAAUUCUUAAAAGAGACAAAAGCCAGUUAUCUUCUGUUUUUAAGCCUUUUCAUUCGAGACUUCAUCGUAUUCAUUCGCUUCUUCAAUUCCUAAGACCUGUUGAGAUAGAAAUACUUGAGAAAAUUUUGAUUAACAAAGAUAGUGAAUUAUCGGCUAUGGACUCAUUUUCAUGGUUAAAAGGUGUAAACUUAAUUGGUGACCAUUUAUCACAACGUCGCUACUCUGAUCCAGGAAUUGUUGACCAAGCAUCUGGUUGGCUGGCUGGUAAUGGAGAGGAUGAUGAAGAGGAUGACGGAGAAGAUAAUUAUGAAAACAGUAGAAAAGAUUCAUUUGUAGAAAGGCCGUUGAAAAAGUGUUUCUCAUCAAUAUCAUUGAUGUACAUUUUGACCAAACCGGACUCCAAAGAGUGUGGAAAUUAUUCCGCUAACGAUCGACAAUUAUGUGACGAUAAUGAUAGCCUUGCAUCUAAUGCUACAACUACAACUAACUCAACUGUUGACUCAUUCGAGAUUGCAUUGGCGAUCGGUGCCAAACAUUCCAAAUAUGUUUCUCCUGGUAGCAAAGAGCUACUUCAUAAUCUCUUUGUAUCUGUUGCUGGCAUUGCAGAUCAAUUACAAACAAACUAUGCCAGCGAACUUCGAACCAUCCUUCAAAAUGUAUAUAAUCUUCACAGUUCCAGUUCAGAUGACAAUGAUGAGGACUUGGGUAGCGUUGAAGAAGCUUUAGAAGCUCAAGAGGAUUCUGAAGAUGCUACAUCGGCAUCAUCGUCCAACGCAACUUCACCCUCAGAGGCAGCCAAUAUAACCUUUCCGGGAAGCUCAUAUGUUAAUAGCAAUUCAGUUAAUCAGUUUAAUAGCGCUGGUGGAGUCUGUGGUGCCAGUGAAUCUGGAAAUACCAAUAAUAAUCAUCAUCAUCAACAGUCAACCCAUAAUCAAAUUCAUCCAUCAUCAACCUCUGCCGAAACUUCCAACAUUCUAAAUAACACAAAUCAACGGGAAACAACUCGCCGUCUACUUCCACCCAUAUGGGUACCUGAUGAAAUGGUCUCCGCUUGUAUUUUAUGUGACUCUCAAUUUACCUUAAUACGCCGUCGACACCAUUGUCGCAAUUGUGGUAACAUUUACUGCAACAGUUGCUGUAAUUAUUUUGUUCCCUUAGCUCACUAUGGGUUUCCAAAGCCAGUCCGCGUCUGUACAAUUUGCUAUUACGGAGACCUCAGAGAUAUUGGGAUUCAACAGCCACUACAAAUUAGUUAAUAUCAACUGAUUGUUUAAUAUGAAUUAAUCAUAACACACAAGCUGCAAACAAAAACAAAACGAAAAACAGAUUAUCAUUAAAAUGACUUUUUUUCAUCUAAAUAUAUAUGUUAUAUUUAAGUAAAAAACAAAUGGUAAUCAAACUUGAAACGGUGUAAAUUAUUAUUUUAAUUCAAUUUAUCUAUCUGUAAACAAACGAUACAAAAAUUGGAUUGGAUUAGAUAGCGAGAAAACAAUCACUCGACAAUUUGUACUUGGUCAUUCCUUUCUGUUGAAGGGUGUAAAUUGUUGCUUUCAUUAUCAUUACUGGUUCCACUGUUUAAGCUGUUAGUUAAAGUCAUACAGGAUUCCCAAUAGUUGUCAACAAGAUUACUAACUACAUAACUCAUUGGCACAUCUUUUGAAACAAUAUGAACCAAAAGGUCACAGACUGUUGGAUCUACUGGACAAGGAGAAGUGCCAUUCUUUAUCCGGCUAAAAAUAUGUGAAAAGACGUCCGUUUGAUUAUCACUCGAAUAAAGGAAAUAAGGCGAUGACAAAUCCAUAGGAUAUUGCUGAAAGUCCAGUUUAGGCUCAAUCACGUCACCUUCGAGUGUAAACGCUUUAUGACAAGAAUCAACUAUACGAGUGACACUUGGCGGAUAAACAGUUGAAUCUUUGGUUCCACUUGUUAAAGAUGCGAAGAAAGCUUUUAUCUGUUCUGUUGUGAUCAAAGGAACUGCCAAGACAAACGGUUUACCUGAUUGAAAAAAAACGAUUAAAAAUUGAUUAGCCAGUCAUCAAAUGAUAAUUUAACUCAAAACCCAAUUUAUGGGAAUAACAGUAAUUGAACCCGAAUCCAGAUAAUGAAAGUUUAUGUUAAUAAGCUGUUUUGCAAAAACAAAACAAAACACUAAACGAUAAAGAUAUUAAAAACACUUUUGUCAAUUAAA